AUGGUACCCGUGAAAAAUACCGAGCAUUACACCCUGUCUACGCGUGCCGGAGUAUUACAGCCUGAUACAGCUAACACCGACGGUGUGGUACCCGAUCUUCUCUAUAGGUCCAGAAAUAGCAACGACGUCGAACGAGUACCCGCGCAUCAGCAUCCAGAUCCUUUCUCGUUGCGUAAUGGUAUCAAAACCGAGGAGGAGCUGGCCGUUUUACGACGGAAUGCGGGUAAGAAAGUAGAGAGAUAUCAACGAAAGCAAAAUAAUCUCAUCACGUACUUGCUCAAGACGAUGGAUGAGCAUACCGAAGAAGCUAAAAGCGAAGAGCAGGCUGCACGAUUACCCGUCAAAAUUGCGAUAUGGGCAAGCCUGGUAGCCAAUCUCAUUCUGUGCAUUUUGCAACUGUAUGGCGCCUUCUCGUCAGGCUCGCUCUCCCUUAUUGCUACAGGGGUUGAUUCGGUAUUCGACUUCGGAAGCAAUGUGAUGUUAUUCUGGCUGCAUAAGAAGGCAGCAGAAUUGGACGUCAACAAGUGGCCGGUCGGUGGCUCUAGACUGGAGACGAUUGGCAAUGUUGUCUACGGUUUCUUAAUGGGCGCCGCUAACCUUGUAGUAAUAGUGGAGUCCGUACAGACAAUCGUCACUCAUUCAAGCAAAAAUGACACGAAUGAAUUUCAUAUACCUUCGCUUGUAGCGGUUGGAGCUGCUCUAGGUGUGAAGUUUGUGCUCUUCUUGUACUGCAUGUCCGUGCGCAAGGCAUCGAGCCAAGUCCAGGUACUGUGGGAAGACCACCGCAACGAUCUAUUUGUCAACGGCUUUGGUCUCCUCAUGUCUGCAGGUGGAAGCAGGCUGCGAUGGUAUCUGGAUCCCGUGGGCGCUAUCAUCAUCGGUGUCGGCGUCAUCCUCGCAUGGGGCCGUGAGGUUUACAGAGAAUUCGAGUUGCUAGCGGGCAAGUCCGCACCGCACGAUUUCAUGCAGCUACUGGUCUACAAAACGAUGACGUUCAGCGACGAGAUCGACAAAGUCGACACCGUGCGGGCAUAUCACAGCGGUCCAGAUUACUAUGUCGAGAUUGACGUUGUCAUGGACGGGAAUACUCCGCUAUGGAAGGCGCACGACAUUAGCCAGCAGCUGCAAGACAAGCUCGAAGUAUUGCCUAACGUAGGACGGGCAUUUGUCCAUGUCGACCACGAGACAACUCACACUCCCGAACACCGAAAAGUAGUUUGA